CUUCACAGUAGUCAUUAAAAACAAAUCAUUUUGAACAAAAGUUCAAAUUUUAGAAAUUUAUGUUUUAUUAUUAUGUUUGCUUGAUUUUUAUGUUUGAAAACUAGUUAGAGUACUUAUUUAAGAUGCUUAUAAAAGUGAUAUUUGUAUUAUUAGCUAUAGCUAAAAUAGGUAAUUCAGUGAGGUGUUAUCAAUGUAGUUCAGCAGAGGAUCGUAGAAACGAAGACAACUGUGGUGCCUACAAGAAAUUCGACAAAGCCAAUCACAUAGCUAUCGACUGCAACAGUGAAGAAAGUCAUAUGCCUGGUUCAUUUUGUAUGAAAGUCACUCAGCAAAGCCCCAAGGGAUUUAUAUGGGAUGGAAGAUGGAGGCAAGUUAUUCGACGUUGUGCUUCUGUAGCCGAUACCGGAGUAACUGGUGUUUGUAAUUGGGGUGUAUAUGACAAUGGUAUUUAUUGGGAGGAAUGCUAUUGUUCAGAGAACGAAUGCAAUGCAGCAGGAAAAUCUUUAUUAUACAGUUUACUUGUGUAUAUUCCAGUUUUACUCACAUUGCUGCUGUACUUUUGCUGAUAGGUCUUCUAUCAAAUUUUAGUAUAAAGUGACUAGUAUAUAGGAUUAUUUUUAAGUACAAAGCAAUACCUAUUUAGGUCCAUAACUUAUCCGUCCAUUUCUGUGGCUUUAUGUACAUUUUGUAUUUUAUGAAUCUCAAUUUUUAAUUGUAAUAAACUUUUUAUCAACUUAUUUUACAAAGCUGUACGUUUAUAUAUUGA